CAACACAAACACAGCUAGCUAGCUAGCUAGCUACCAAAGAAGAAUACAGCAAUCAAAUUGAAGAAGCACCAAUUCAUCUGCCUGCGCGUGCAGCCAUGAUGAGAGGGAGAGGAGCAGUACUGACAGCGGCGGUGGCACUAGUGCUGCUGGCGGUGGCCAUGGCCAUGUCGACCACCGUGCGAGCCCAGCAGCAGUGCGGGUCCGAGGCCGGCGGCAAGCUGUGCCCCAACUGCCUCUGCUGCAGCCAAUGGGGCUACUGCGGCUCCACCUCCGACUACUGCGGCGACGGCUGCCAGAGCCAGUGCCACGGCUGCGAUGUCGCCUCCAUAAUCUCACGCUCCGUGUUCGAUGACCUGCUGCCUUACCGCGACGACGCUCUGUGCCCUGCCCGCGGCUUCUACACGUACGACGCCUUCAUCGCCGCCGCCAACGCCUUCCCCGGCUUCGGCACCACCGGCGACGCCGAGACCCGGAAGCGCGAGCUCGUCGCGUUCCUGGCGCAGACGUCGCACCUGACCACGGGCGGGGGCACGCACUCGCCCGGCGGCCCCUACGCCUGGGGCUACUGCUUCAAGGAGCAGGUGGAGGAUUUGCGCGCCGACUACUGCAGGCCCAGCAACCGGUGGCCCUGCGUCGCCGGCAAGCAGUACUACGGCCGGGGCCCCAUCCAGCUCACCUGGAACGACAACUACGGCCGGGCCGGGGAGGGCAUCGGCGGCGGCCUGGACCUGGUCAACCACCCGGAGCCGGUGGCCAACAACACCCUGCUGUCCUUCGAGACGGCCAUCUGGUUCUGGAUGACGCCGCAGUCCCCCAAGCCGUCGUGCCACGACGUGAUGACGGGGCAGUGGAGCCCCCCCUCCGCCGACGUGGCCGCGGGGCGCCUGCCGGGGUACGGCCUCACCACCAACAUCAUCAACGGCAACCAGUGCGGCCCCGGCAGCAGCCACUACCUUGACGACAACGCAGUCGGCUUCUACAAGCACUUCUGCGACAAGCUUGGCGUGAGCUACGGCGAGAACCUGGACUGCCGCAACCAGAGGCCCUACGACCAAGACAACAAAGCGUCGUCAGCAUUUUUCAUUGAUGAAACAGCUACUGCGGCCUUGGAUCACGCUGAUGCCUAAGACGAAGGGAGCUGCUGUUGCUGGUGCUGCAGCCUCUCGAUCUACUAUACGCGUCCGUUCGCUUCUUCACCUGCAUAUCGGAAUAAGGUUGCAUGCAUUGUGUCACAUCUCAUCAGCUAGCUAGCUGUGAGACGAUCGACGACGACGACGAUGCGUGUAGCAUUGUACGUAGUUGUUGCAAGAAGGCCUGAGCCAUGCGAGAGUUCAUGGCGAGGUCACCGAGUCUGUCUUAAUUAGUUUGUGCGUGCGCGUGUUUCCCUUCUGAUGAAAAGUGCCUCGUCACAUCAGCUAUUGCUGUUGCGCGACGAGGCGCUACUGUUGUGUCAUGUUUGUCAGCUCCGAUACGGUCUAGUAUACACCAUGCAUGAAUAAAAAGGAGCUAGCAUUGUAUUAACCGAAAAA